AUGGAGUGGUUAAAGCAGAAGAAGGCAAAUUAUGAGAAACGGAAUCAAACAACGCAUUCGUGGUACAGUCAGAGCUUUACAGGCAAUUUACCUACCGUUAGAUCCAAAUCGGCCACAUCUACACCAACAGCUGGUAUAAUGAUACCCAAGAAGUCUCAUUCUACCAACUCUUCACCACUGAAACCUCAUGGACCAGGUCCUCGACCAGACUCGGCCAAUCAACAAUACUCUUACGAUGGUGGAGUCUUUUUAUCGCGUUCUCCAAGACACGAUUUCUUUAUCAUUCAUCCAGAAUGGGUAUCUGAAGAACCAACAAUAGAAAAACUGUCCAUUAAAGAAAAGAGAGCUAAGUCCAUGUCAUGGCCAAGACGGCGAUGUAAGAGCGCACCACCAGCUAAAAUAAGAAAUCCGAUUACAUGGGAAUGA